CUCCACCGAGGAGGGGAAGUGCCUCAGAAUAAGUGCAGACGUAGACAGAUAUCUUGGGAAAGAGUCCUAGUUUCCUCUGCAGUUUGCUCAGGCGGCUUAUGUGGUCGUACAGUGAUGCAAGCCGCUGUAAACCCCCCUCCCUAGAUCCAGAGGCGGCCCUCCUCCCGCUCCGCCGGAACGCACGAAGGUGACACGGCGGUGACUCGCCAGGGUCUCCGCGCCCCGACCAGCCGGCACCCCGCGGCCGCCCGAGAGUGAAGAUGAGUUGUGAAGAGAUUCUUGUGUGUCCAAUUCAACUUGGAGAAAAUUUCUGCCUCUAUUUUGCAGAUGACGAUGGGCUGGAAUGUGAUGCCUUCUGUAAGGAAAAAACUCUCCACAAAUUCCUUCGAAAUGUAAAUAGCCAGUUGCUUGUGGUUCGACCAGAUUUAAACAUGGCAGGUUUUGAAGAUGUAACAGAUCAGGAGAUGAGAUCUGGCAAUGGAAUGCACUUCAACAUUCACUGUUACAAAACUACCACACCUUCAGCAGGGAUGCCUGUUGCAUUCAGUGUCCAGGUAGAAGAUAAAAGUUAUUACAUGUGCUGUGAGAAAGAAUGUGGAAAAACGAUAGUCCGAUUUAGGGAAGGAGAAGUUCCUGUAGACAUUCCUGGUGAAAGCAACGUAAUCUUUUUCAAAAAGACAUUUACAUCUUGUAGCUCCAGAGCAUUUAAGUUUGAAUACUCACUGGAAAAAGGAAUGUUUUUGGCCUUUGAGGAAGAAGGCUGCUUAAGAAAAUUAAUUCUAAAGAAACUGUCAAGAGAAGAUGAAGUGGAUGAAACCAUGAAGAUAAGUUUCUAACUUAAGUCAGAAUGAAAGUCACAACCGAUGACAUACUUCAACAGUCUUAAAAUAUAUUUUGGGCUUUUUAGAAAAGAAAUCUUAUUCCGAGGCAAGUCAGUUUUAUAUUUUUAACUAUCAUAAGUCAGUACAAAAAUGAGCAUCUUAAAAAGGAAAAUAAAUGCAAAUUCUUGCCAAAAAGCAGCACUGGAAUGUUUUCCAGUCAGAUAAAAUAAAAGAGAAUUACACUAUGAAGAAACAAGAAUAUGCAUGUGUACAUAGUCCUGUAUAGUUUGAUGCCUAAAAAUAUUUCCUGCCUGUUGCAUUUGAAUGCUUUAGAAUUAGGUGUCUCAGAUGAAGUUGACCAAUUUUGGGGAGGGAGAGAAAACUGCUUAAAAUAACAGACUUCAUAAGCAGACCAUGCACCUGGCCAAUAAAGACUUUGGGAUUACUUUUUCGCAUCAAGAUUAUUUCCCGAGCGUCUUCAUCAAUCUCAGUUACACAGCAAUAUUCUUGCCUUCAACUGAACUAGAAACAAUAGACAAUUUUUAACUUACUGGAAAUCUUUGAGAAAACCGCUAACUUAACUGAACAAUUAAUUAAGAAUACUUAAGAACAAAAGUUAAUAGUAAUUACAUGGAACCGAAUCAAUUUCAACGGGUGGUGCUUGACUGGGGAACACAUGUAGUUCAUAGAGAAAGCUGUGAUCAUUACCUUUAGUUCUUGCCUCAAAACCACAAUGGAUAGGUGUCAGAGUUGAGAGCCCCUAAUAUUGUAGAUCCGGGCCACUACAUUCCCAGAGCUCUCACACACUUCAUUUCUCACACAAGGUAUCUUAAACAAAUACCACAUCCAGAUGCACCUUGUGUUUCAUCUCAAAAGAGGAAAUGUCAAACACUUUCCAUAAUACAUGCUCAGAUUGUUUGGAGGUACUUAGCAGUGACUUGUACACAUGCAUCUUCCUCACUAUAACCAAAAAAAAAAAAAGUUGCAUUGACAAUUAAAUCAGACCAUGUGAGACAGAAGCAACCAUCUCACUUCUGACCACAAGAUUAGCAACACAGAAGUGGUCAGCUACAUGGUAUUUCCAUGGUUACAGGAAUAAAUAAAUAAAUAAAACUUCCAAUCCAGAUUUUAAAAAAAUAAAAUCAAAUCAGAAAGUCUUACAGAAUUCAAACCGCAACUUACUCAUUCUGGUUAUUGCAUAAUCAGACUGACGGUAACAAACAAUUCUCUUCCUCUUACUAUUAAUGGUACCAUAGGAGUACCAUUAGAAUGUGGAAACAGUUAACCGCUCCUUACUACUAUGAAAGUCAGAAAAGAUAAAACGGAGAAGAAAGUUAAAAACCAGAAUCUCAUUUCCCCCAUAAAAUGCCCUGAGGCCUAAAGACACAGGAGAGAAUGCUGCCUCAGGCUCAUGACAAGCUAUGACAGGGUAUGUUUGUUGUAUUUUCAAUCACACAGGAAAAUGUGUACCAAUGUUUAUUUAGAAAACAACCCCCCCCAAAAAACCGUUGCAGAUGAACAUACAGAUUCCAGGGAAAAUAUGAAAGCCAUAUGCUAUUUAUAGCUCCUAAAAUUAAUCUGCAAAAGUCUUUUUUCUCUAAGUCAAUUAUUCCUGUAUUUUUCUAACGGACAUCACUCUUGUAUGAAGUCAAGUGUAAGCCCCUUCUUUAUGUAUUGUCCUUAAUACUUAAUAAAAAUACUUUUUAACAUCUAAA